AUGAUAGCUUUGAUAGUAAUGGCUGGAUCUCCUACUACCUCUUCCAUGGAGUAUAAUAGAGCAAAUGAUGAACGCAAACCAAGGAACUCAAAACCACAACACAAGCACCCUUUACUAGUUGUGGAGUUUUCGCCCUUCGCUUUCAGCUUUGAAGUGAAGGGGUACCGCCUUUUUAUUCCCACCAAAGGAGAGGUUUUGCUUUCUUACUCGAGAAUAUUUUACAAGGGAAAGCCUCGAAAGGCAUAUGAAUGCGCCUCUCGUAGGCAAAGUACUGACUCAGUCCGCUGCUACUACGCGAGAGUAUCCAUGGGUCGGCCCCUAAGGCAUUAUUCGCCUUGGGAAUGGUUUGGCCAUCAAGCUACUUUGUGA